AGGGGCGGCGAGAAGCAGAAAGCCAUAGCUCUGCAAUGUCAUCGUCUCCAUCUCUACUCGCUUCCAACAUGACCAGCUUCACCAGCCCUACAUCUCCUCUCUUCCACGCCCACCUCACCGGACCACCGGAUCCCCACCGCUUCCGGCGGAGCCCGGCCAUCCGAGCAUCCUUUUCCGGCCAAGAAGAAAACCAACACCAACAGACCACCCACCGCCGGAAACUGGUGGGAACGCUGCUGUCCACUGCCGUAGCCCUGGGGCUGCACGGGGUCGCCGCCCGGGCCGGGAUGGCGGAGAGCUGGGGCACGCGGUCGUUCAUAAGGGAGCGGUUCUUCGAGCCGGGGCUGUCGCCGGAGGACGCCGUGGCGAGGAUACGGCAGACGGCGGAGGGGUUGCACGGCAUCCGGGACAUGCUGGAGGCCAUGUCGUGGAGGUACGUGCUAUUCUACAUUCGCCUCAAGCAAGCUUACCUUUCGCAGGACAUGAAGAACGCCAUGUCCAUGGUUCCUGAAUUCCGGCGAGAAUCCUACGUCAAGACAGCCAACGAGCUAGUCGACAACAUGGCCGAGUUUGAUUUCUACGUACGGACGCCCAAAGUAUAUGAAUCAUAUCUAUACUAUGAGAAGACCCUCAAAUCCAUAGACGAGCUCGUGGCAUUGCUUGCAUGAGAGGAGAGAAAGAGGAGAAGAAGGAGAUAAGUUUGUGGAAUCUUGUAUUGUAAAUACCUUUAAAAUGCUGUGAUACAUAUCAUUCAUCAUUGUCAUGUUUUCAAAUAC